GGAACCACGCCGCUUCCCAGCCUCGGUAAUACGCGUGAAGCGCGGACCUUUCAACCCGAACUUUAUUAAUUCUCACGCUAGGCCCCUGGAAGGCGAUGGAGGUGGCCGCUAAUUGCUCUCUGCGGGUGAAGAGACCUCUGUUGGAUCCCCGCUUCGAGGGUUAUAAGCUUUCUCUCGAGCCGCUACCCUGUUACCAGCUGGAGCUUGACGCAGCUGUGGCAGAAGUAAAACUUCGAGAUGAUCAGUAUACAUUGGAACACAUGCAUGCUUUUGGAAUGUAUAAUUACCUACACUGUGAUUCAUGGUAUCAAGACAGUGUCUACUACGUUGAUAACCUUGGAAGAAUUAUGAAUUUAACAGUGAUGCUGGACACUGCCUUAGGAAAACCACGAGAGGUGUUUCGACUUCCUACAGAUUUGAUAGCAUAUGACAAUCGCCUUUGCGCAUCCAUGCAUUUCACAUCUUCUACAUGGGUUACCUUGUCAGAUGGAACUGGAAGAUUGUAUCUCAUUGGAACAGGUGAACGUGGAAAUAGUGCUUCUGAAAAAUGGGAGAUUAUGUUUAAUGAAGAGCUUGGAAAUCCUUUUAUCAUAAUUCACAGUAUCUCAUUGCUGAAAGCUGAAGAACAUUCGAUAGCUACCCUGCUUCUUCGAAUAGAGAAAGAGGAAUUGGAUAUGAAAGGAAGUGGUUUCUAUGUUUCCUUGGAGUGGGUCACUAUUAAUAAGAAAUAUAAAGAUAAAAAAAAAUAUGAAAUUACUAAGCGUAAUAUUCUCCAUGGAAAGUCAGUGCCCCAUUAUGCUGCUAUUGAGCCCGAUGGGAAUGGUCUAAUGAUUGUCUCUUACAAGUCCUUUACAUUUGUUCAAGUUGGUCAGAAUCUUGAAGAAAGUAAGGAUGAAGACAUGUCAGAGAAAAUCAAAGAACCUCUGUAUUACUGGCAACAGACUGAAGAUGAUUUGACAGUAACAAUAUCGCUUCCAGAAGACUGUACUAAGGAAGACAUUCAAAUACAGUUUUUGCCUGAUCAUGUCAACGUUGUGCUGAAGGGUCAGAGGUUUUUGGAAGGAAAUCUCUAUUCAUCUAUUGAUCAUGAAAGCAGUACAUGGAUAAUUAAAGAGAAUAAUAGCUUGGAGAUUUCCUUGAUUAAGAAGAAUGAAGGACUGACAUGGCCAGAGCUAGUGGUUGGUGAUAAAGAGGGGGAAUUUAUUAGAGACUCAGCCCAAUGUGCUGCAAUAGCUGAACGUUUGAUGCAUUUGACCUCUGAUGAACUGAAUCCAAAUCCAGAUAAAGGUAAACCUCCUUGUAAUGCUCAAGAGUUAGAAGAAUGUGAUAUUUUCUUUGAAGAGAGCUCCAGUUUAUGCAGAUUUGAUGGCAGUACAUUAAAAACUACUCAUGUGGUGAAUCUUGGAAGCAACCAAUACCUUUUCUCUGUCAUAGUGGAUCCUAAAGAAAUGCCCUGCUUCUGUUUGCGCCAUGAUGUUGAUGCCCUUCUCUGGCAACCACACUCUAGCAACCAAGAUGAUAUGUGGGAACAUAUCGCAACUUUCAAUGCUUUAGGCUACGUCCAAGCAUCAAAGAGAGACAAAAAAUUUUUUGCCUGUGCUCCAAAUUACUCUUAUGCAGCCCUUUGCGAGUGCCUUCGACGAGUUUUCAUCUAUCGUCAGCCCACUCCCAUGUCCACUGUACUUUACAAUAGGAAGGAAGGCAGAAAAAACAUUACAAGAGGGCAAGCCCUAAUGUACAAGAGUUUAUCAAGCCUGCACUUGCAUCAUAUUUGCUCAUCUUCCAUUGAACAAAGCAAGUCUAGAGUCAGUGUGAGAGUGGAGUACACAAGGAAACAGAUAGCAGGUGGUAUGAUUCACUGGGAGCCAUUUAUCCAUGUGGAUUAAAGGCUCUUGGUGUUCCAGGCAGGCGUCAGGGCUGUGCCUCUGAGGUGGGAGAACCAACUUCAGGACACUGGUCCACAAGAGACCUCCCAGCUCCAUGUAAGAUCAAACGGCGAAAAUCUCCCAGAGAUCUCCAUCUCAACACCAAGACCCAGCUUCACUCAACGACCAGGAAGCUACAGUGCUGGACACCCUAUGCCAAACAACUAGCAAGACAGGAACACAGCCCCAUCCAUUAGCAGAGAGGCUGCCUAAAAUCAUAAUAAGGCUACAGACACCCCAAUACACACCACCAGACAUGGACCUGCCCACCAGAAAGACAAGAUCCAGCUUCAUCCACCAGAACACAGGCACUAGUCCCCUCAACCAGGAAACCUACUCAACCCACUGAACCAACCUUAGCCACUGGGGACAGACACCAAAAACUGGGAACUACGAACCUGCACCCUGUGAAAAGGAGACCCAAACACAGUAAGAUAAGCAAAAUGAAAAGACAGAAAAACAGCAGAUGAAGGAGCAAGGUAAAAACCCACCAGACCUAACAAAUGAAGAGGAAACAGGCAGU